AUGGCCUCGAUCAGUCGUCAGAGCAACCGCAGAGUACAACAACCGGGGAUUCUGGACUACGCAGUGAUCGACUGGCAGAUACAGCAAAGAAAGGAUCGCGUCUCGGCGGCUAGGUACUCUAUGCAACAAGCCAGCAAGGCUGUCGGCGCGACGGCACCGGCAGUGAACCAUUGGGCUUGUGGUGUACUGCAACAAACAACAUACUGGACACGGAAGAUGGCUGUUUCACUUACUUUCAGGGCUGCGCACUGUACCAGAGCGAAGUUGUAG